AUGGAGGUGUGCGCUUGCCUCUGCAGCUUGGGCUCUUCGCCGGGAUGUCGGUGUCUUCAGCAGUGCCAGCGCCCAGCUGAGAAGGCAGCGGCCCCAGCAGAAAAGCACCUCGAGGUGAACAGGGCAGCGCGGUGCUGUGCGGGGAGUGGAGGAAUCGCGAGCCCCAUGCCGGCCCCGCCCGCCCCGCGCUGCUCGCUGCAGGACCUGCCGGUGGAGAUGCUGGUGGAGAUCUUCGCCUCGCUCCCCGGCACCGACCUGCCCAGCCUGGCCCAGGCCUGCACCACAUUCCACCACAUCCUGCACAUCGACAGCAUCUGGAGACGGCGCUGCCGGGAGGAGUAUGGCGUUCGUGAAACCUUGCAGGGCCUGGAGAUGAUCGGUAUGUCUUAUCGAGAAGUCUAUACGAAGCUGUUCCACCCACACAGACACAUUUUGGGAUUGUGGCAGCUAGAUCAUGGCUAUAGAAGACUGCUGAAUGUCGCGGUGGACGGCUUAGGCAUUACUGGUUGGACGUGCAGGCCUUCCCGUAACCCCCAGGUGGAUGGGCCAAUGCAAUCCGAGCCGUCGUUCAGAAUUCGCCUGACGGAGCGGAAAUCAGCCACGGUGGAGUGCGUGGAAGGCCGCCACAGCAGGCCCCACAACCUCCACAUGCAGAUUCAGAAGGACAGGUUCAGCCUCAAGACAGACCACCGAAAGGACUCACCAACGCGGCCUUGGGACGCAUGGGGGCGGUGGCUGGUGCAUGAGGACAGACAGCCAUGUGACUGCCUGACCUACCGCCGCCUCUACCUCCCGCCGAGCCACCCGGACGACCUCAUCAGGCCAGGCCUCUUCCAAGGCAAAUACGAUGAAUACGGCCUAACGACUGCCAUGCUCAGCUUCCAUGGGAAGUAUGCCCGGGUCACCGAUAUCACGGGAGUCUCCAAGAAGACGUUAGAGAUCCACCUCAGGCGCCGAAUCCAGCUGCCAGAUGGCGGGUUCUUCCGCAACUUCAACGAGCUCUCCCGCGUGGUCCAGGAGAUUGAGGAGCAGGUGAUCCGGGAGCAGCAGCAAGAAGACGGGACUGAGGAAAGCGAGGGCCAUGGCUGGCAGAGCCCUACCCAGCCCAGCGUUGGGGAGUCCGGGGCUGCAGCUUCGGAGGAGCAGCCUGUCCCGUUUGUUCUGCCUGUGGGCGUGCGCUCAAGAGAAGAGAACUACCCCGAAACCUGCAGGAUGUGUUUCUAUGGCGUGGACACUGUUACUGUUACCUUAUCUGACUUCGCCUACCCCAGGCGCCACCCUGGAGUCUUCAUCCUGUUCGAUGAGAACCACUUCGGGUUCAUCUGUCUGGCGACGGAAUACUUCAUCCUGUACAGCAGAGUCCAGAACACCUUCCAGAAUGUGGAGGCACCAUCCCCGCAGGCCUUCCUGGAGAUGCUCAAGAACAUUCAGCCCAAGACCCCCUGGGAGGUAGAAAUGAACCUUAGACCAGUAUUCUCAACCUUCCUAAUGCUGUGA